AUGUCAGCUAGAGCCGUCGUCAAGACACUGGAUCACCUUGUCCUCACCUGUGCGAGCGUACCUAAGACAGUUCAAUGGUACACCACAUACCUGGGCAUGAAGGCCGAAACGUUCACAUCGCCUUUGGACCCUUCUGUGCAGCGAACGGCGCUCAAAUUCGGCCCUCACAAGAUCAACCUCCACCAACAGGGGAAAGAAUUUGAACCGAAAGCAAAGACUGCGCUCCCAGGCACGGCUGACCUGUGCUUUCUUGUGCAAGACGGUACCAACCUAGAAGAAUUAAUUAAAGGGUUCCAAGGGGAUGGCAUCCAGGUUCUCGAGGGCGAGAAAGUGGUCGCGCGAACUGGCGCUCAAGGUCCUAUUCAGAGCAUAUACGUUCGGGAUCCUGAUGGAAACUUGAUUGAGGCUUUCUCAUUACAAGUCUUGAGCAGAUUUAAUCUGGACAGCUCUUGGUGUUGA